AUGGGUGUUUUAUCCAAAUUUCAACUCCUCAAUUCGGCGCUCACUUAUAAGAAUUGGUCGCCGGCGUUGGUCGGCAUUUGCGGAUGCGCGCUCAUCGCGAAACUCUACGCCGCCGGCAUUCGACCGACGCAACACAGUCUGGCGUUGUCGAAGGUCCAAAAUCGAAAAGGAGCGAAAAAGGCGGUCAGUAGCGCGUUCCUGCAGAAACUCAAAAAAUUGCUCAAAAUUUUAAUUCCAGGACCAUUUUCCAAGGAAGUAUUUUAUAUGAUAGUUAUCGCCCUGGUGUUGCUUGCCAGAACAGCCGCUGAUGUCUACAUGAUCACCAAUGCGACUAGCGUUGAAGCAUCGAUCGUUGAUCGGAGUCCGAUGCUCUUCACCCUGUCGGUCGUCAAAUAUUUUCUCAAUCUUCCUGCUAUUUCGCUUAUCAACGCACUCCUAAAAUUCAGUCUGUCUGAAUUGAAAUUGCGAUUCAGGGAGAAUCUCACCAGACAUCUCUACAACAAAUAUCUCACCGGCUUCACAUUCUACCAAAUAUCGAACCUCGACAAUCGAAUUCAAAACGUCGACCAGCUGCUGACGCAAGACGUCGAGAAAUUCUGCGAGGGAAUCGUUGAUUUAUACUCGAAUCUCUCCAAACCAAUUUUGGAUGUGUUCCUUUACGUGUACAAACUCGGAAAUUCGUUGGGUUGGGGAAGCCCAGGUCUCUUAUUCUCCUAUCUCUUAGCUUCAAUGGUGGUUCUCACAAAGUUGAGGAAGCCGAUUGCAAAAUUAACCGUCGAAGAGCAAGCCCUAGAAGGCGAAUACAGAUACGUGAACUCAAGAUUAAUUAUGAAUUCCGAAGAGGUCGCUUUCUAUCAGGGUAACAAUCCUGAGAAGCUUGCCCUCAUGGGCUCUUUUGGGAACCUCGUGCAGCAUUUGAGGAAAACUAUCAUGUUGAGAUUCACUUUGGGAUUUGUCGAUAAUAUCAUUGGAAAAUAUGUGACCAACAUUGUUGGAUGGAUUGCGUGCGCUCGAACAUUCUUCGACACCGAGAAUCCGAAAUACAAGGAUAUGGACCGAAACGAGCUGAUGCAGGAGCUCUACAAUAACGGAAGGAUGAUGCUGAAAUUGUCGGAAGCUUUGGGAAGGCUGACACUUGCUGGAAGAGACUUGACGCGGCUUAGUGGAUUCACAACGCGCGUCGACACAUUGAUGAAAGUGCUUGAUGACAUGUCGUCGGGAAAAUACGAGAAAUCUCUUGUCGGCGAUUCGCAGGCUCUGAUGAGCCAUGAAGGGGGUCGUCUUGUGUGCCAGGACAAUAUUAUCAAAUUCGAAAAUGUUCCACUUGUCACACCCAACGGGGACGUUUUAAUCGAGAGUUUAUCAUUUGAAGUUCCGUCGGGUACGAAUGUCCUCGUGUGCGGACCCAAUGGCUGCGGAAAAUCGUCGCUGUUCCGAACCCUUGGCGAACUUUGGCCCGUGUUUGGAGGUGUACUCACAAAACCCAAAAAAGGAAAACUCUUCUACGUACCCCAACGGCCCUAUAUGACGUUGGGAACCCUUCGCGAUCAAGUCAUUUAUCCAGACACCGUAUUUGAAAUGAGGAAAAAGGGAAUCAGCGAUAAGGAUUUGGAGAAAAUGCUCGACUAUGUGCAACUCUUGCACAUACUGGAACGAGAAGGCGGCUGGGGAGCUGUGCAAGAUUGGAUGGAUGUGCUAUCUGGAGGAGAAAAACAGAGAAUCGCGAUGGCUCGACUAUUUUAUCAUAAACCUCAAUUCGCGAUUCUCGAUGAAUGCACGUCGGCAGUAAGUGUCGACGUCGAAGGCGCCAUGUACCGCCUAUGUCGCGAAAUGAACAUCACCCUGUUCACCGUAUCGCAUCGAAAAUCGUUAUGGAAGUAUCAUGAGUACACACUGCACAUGGACGGCCGAGGAGGUUAUCAGUUUGAGAAAAUCGAUCCUGACAGCGAGCAAUUUGAUAUUAUGACAAAGCCAUUUUUCUAUUAUUUCUCAUUUGGCAGCAAUUUAUUAGGUGAUCGAAUUCGUUAUAUGCAAAAGGGUGCCGAAUAUUUCUGCAAUGGGAAACUAGACGGCUAUCGGCUCGAUUUCGUCCACGAUUCUCAACGAUGGAAAGGAGCCCUAGCAACAAUACUUCAAGACCCAUCGCAACAUGUUUGGGGAUGCGUCUGGCGGAUUCCCAACGAAUUUUCCGAUUCUCUCGAUGAACAAGAAUUCGGAUAUCAUCGAUUAACUGUUCCAAUUCAAACCGAGCAUGGAAUUAUUGAUUGCCGAACAUAUCAAUUUUCUGAUCUCACUGCUGAAUCCAAGAAGCCAUCUCCCCACUAUAAACUCGUUAUUCUGGAAGGUGCCAAGGAGCACAAACUACCUGAAGACUAUAUCCAAUAUUUGGAGAAAAUCGUUGAUAACAAUUUCAAAGGCUCCGUGGACGUCGACAUUCCAAUUUUGAAAGAACUCAAUCAAAAGUAA